AUCUUAUAGAAACACUCCUACGUGAAUACAGAUAAUCUCUCUCUCUGCCUUUUCUGUAGUUGAAAGCUUUUUGCUUUGCCUCUCUCUCUCUCUCAUUUCAUGUGACGAAGGACGGUUUGGUGGGUGAAGAAAGUGGAUAUAAGCUGUGGAUUUGAGGUGGGUUUUCUUUCCAAUUUUGUCUUUGUAGGUGAUUGAAGGUCUGAAAUGGAGAGAGAUUUCUUGGGUUUGGGCUCGAAAGAACCAUUGGCUGUGGUGAAGGAGGAGGUUAACAAUGAUGGGUACACAGACCCAGGUUUGUUAUUGUCAUAUAGCUAUUCCUUUUGGACUAGCUCCACCUUUAGGAUGUACUGAAUGUGCAGGUGUACAAUGGCAAUUCUCAAACAAGGUCUCUGCCCUUUCUCAUUUGAUGUCUUUCAAGAUUGUUCAAGAAGAUAAGACUAAAAAUAUUGCCUCCGAUCCCCUCAUGUCAUCUGGAUUUAUGAAUAUCUCAACUGCUGAUGCUUUUGAUGCUAGUCAAAAACGGUCUAUGGGUGAAAUCCAGAAGUCCUUCAACCAGGAUAGGCAAGGUGGCACUCAUUUUUCCCUGACAUCUUAUCCUGUGCAACAUGAUGUGCAUUCUGUGCACCGUCCUCAUAAUGUGAAGAUGUUUUCUGUUUCAAACCAAGCAAUUUCAGUUUCAGUUGGAAACCCCUUCUUCAAGAAUCAUUUUGCUACUGGUCAGAAUUUGGCUGGUGCCACCGUGAAGCAACCAUUACUUGGAGGAAUUCCGGUUGCGGCUCCACAUUCACUUAUUCCCACUGUUGCUUCCAUUGCUGGGAUAACUGAACCAUGGAACGGCGCCAAGGCUUCUGGAUCUCCUGCUCAAUUGACCAUCUUUUAUGCAGGUGCCGUGCAUGUCUAUGAAGACAUAACCCCUGAGAAGGCUCAGGCUAUUAUGUUUUUGGCUGGGAAUGGAUCUGCUAUAACUUCUAACACAGCACAUCCAAAAGCUCAAGUUCAGGCACCUAACUCAAAAUUGGCCACUGGUGAUGGUGUUCCUGUAAAUCAGCCCAUUAACACACAGCCUUGUUCUGGCCUUUCUAGCCCUUUAUCUGUUUCUUCACAUACUGGUGCCCAGUCGGGAAGUGGGUCCACUAGCAAUGAUGAAUUGAUGGCAGCUAAAACAAGCGGAGUUCCAAGUACUCCUGUUAGCAAAGUGGAGCCUCAGAAAAUAGCUAAUGUGGUGGGAUCUGUCCCCGUAAACCCUAUAUUUCCAUCUGCUGUUCCACAGGCUCGUAAAGCAUCCUUGGCUCGAUUUUUGGAGAAGCGCAAGGAGAGGGCAAUGAGUGCAGCGCCAUACAACCUGAGCAAGAAAUCUUCAGAGUGCACUGCUGCCCAAGAAUGCAAUGGUGCGAAUUUCUCUGCAAGUCCUACUGCAGCCACAGGCUCACUGUGAGCAAGCAAGAAGAGUAACCAUGAUGUAUGAGACCAAACUAGGAAGGGAUUGUUGCAGAGAUUUAUGUAGUAAGUUAAAUAUGUAAACCGAAUGAAUACUAUUUUCCUUACCAAGAACUGUAAUCCUGACUCUGUUCAAUUUCGAAACUUACAUAAUUUCCUUAUAUAGUUGAUGCAGAUUGUUGCUUCCGA